GGCGGAGCUUACAGCUGCUGGAACAGUCGCUUGAUCCGCUCCGGACUCAUAACACCGUUUUUUUUUUUUUUUUUUAAUUCCCUCAUUUUGCAGUUUGCAAUGCUGGGAACUAAGCUUUCUUCCGUGAGGUGACAGUAUGAGGGGAAACUUAAUAAACGGACAGCGAAAGUAACUCCAUCUGACCCAGAACUAAUAAGCGGUUGGUAAAUAAACUCCAAACAUGGUCCAGGAAUAUCAGUCCCCUGUCCGGGUCUACAAACACCCCUUUGAGUUAAUAAUGGCGGCGUAUGUGAGGCGGUUUCCCAAGUGCCCCCUGAUCCCAGUGUUUGUAGACAGUGAGAUCGUCAGCGAGAGUCAAAGUGAAGAUGGAUCUGUGCUGGUAACCGAGAGACGCUGUACGAUCGAUGUUGAGGCCCCGCGGCUUCUCAAAAGGAUUGCAGGUGUCGACUACUUGUACUUCAUCCAAAAGAACUGUCUGAACCGGAGGGAGAGGACGCUGAGCAUCGAGGUCCACAACGAAACCUUUUCCAGCAGAGUUAUUGUCCGUGAGCGCUGCAACUACUCGGUUCAUCCAGAAAAUGAAGACUGGACGUGUUUUGAACAGACAGCUAGUCUGGACAUUAAGUCCUUUUUUGGCUUUGAGAGCUCAGCAGAGAAGAUAGCUAUGAAACAGUACGCAAGUAGCAUCAAAAAGGGUAAAGAAAUAAUUGAGUACUACCUCAGAGAGCUAGAGGAGGAAGGAAUAACUUUCAUACCUCGUUGGACCCCCCCGCUCGCUUCCCCCUCCGCUGCUGCCAGGCUUCAGCUGCCGCCGCCCUCAGCUGCCAGAGCCAUCCCAGCCAACGGUGCCAAGGAUGGAUUACAAAGCAGAGAGCCAUCCUGUCCCACAGAGCUGCAGACUGGAUCCCCUGAUGACAAGUUGGAUGCCGACUAUAUCAGACGCUACCUCGGUGUUUUAACGCCACUGCAGGAGAGCUGUCUUAUCCGACUGCGCCAGUGGCUCCAGGAAACCCACAAGGGCAAGAUCCCAAAGGACCAGCAUGUGUUGCGCUUCCUCAGGGCUAGAGACUUCAACCUAGACAAAGCCAGGGAGUUUUUGUGCCAAUCACUGACCUGGAGGAAACAACACCAGGUGGAUUUCCUGUUGGACACCUGGGAACGCCCACAGCUGCUUCAGGACUAUUACACUGGAGGCUGGCACCACCACGACAGAGAUGGCCGUCCUCUUUACGUCUUGCGCCUGGGUCAAAUGGACACUAAGGGUUUGGUACGAGCUUUGGGAGAAGAAACACUGUUGAAGCAGGUUUUGUCCAUCAAUGAGGAGGGACUAAGGCGUUGUGAGGAAAACACCAGGGUCUUUGGGCGACCUAUCAGCUGCUGGACUUGUCUGGUGGAUCUGGAGGGUCUUAACAUGCGUCACCUGUGGAGACCUGGCGUUAAGGCUCUGCUGAGAAUCAUCGAGGUGGUCGAGGCCAACUACCCCGAGACUCUGGGUCGGCUGCUGAUCCUGAGGGCACCCAGAGUUUUCCCAGUGCUGUGGACCUUAGUCAGCCCCCUGAUUGAUGAAAACACCCGCAAAAAGUUCCUUGUCUACGCUGGAAACGACUACCAGGGUUCAGGAGGUUUAGUCGACUAUAUCAACAGAGAAAUCAUCCCCGACUUCUUGGGAGGCGACUGCAUGUGUGACAUCCCAGAGGGAGGCAUGGUUCCCAAAUCUCUGUACAGGACGGCAGAGGAGCUGGAGAGUGAGGAGAACCGGCUGAUGUCUGACUCCAUCUAUAAGAGCGCUAGUAUAUUCAAAGGAGCCCCAUAUGAGAUGCUGAUCGAGAUCGCAGAAGCCUCCUCCGUCAUCACCUGGGACUUUGACGUCUUUAAAGGAGAUGUGAUCUUCAACAUUUACCAUUCUAAGAGGGCUCCGCAGCCCCCCAAGAAAGAUACUCUAGGAACGCACAGCAUCCCGUCCCUGGGGCCAAUGAACGCCCAGCUGAUCGACCGGAGCUGGGUGCUGGGUCAGGACUAUAGCAUGGUGGAAAAAGCGCUGACUUGCAGGGAAGGAGAGAGUGUACAGGGUUCCCACAUAACACGCUGGCCCGGCUUCUACAUCCUCCAGUGGCGUUUCCGCAGCUCCCCAGCCUGCUCCGCCUCCAGCCUGCCUCGUGUGGAUGAUGUGCUGGCCUCCCUGCAGGUCUCCUCCCACAAGUGUAAAAUCAUGUAUUACACCGAGGUGCUGGCCUCCCAUGACUUCAGGGGCUCCAUGACCAGUUUGGCAUCGAGUCAUAGCGGUUUCUCCCAGCUCAGUGCCAUCACCACCUCUUCCAGCCAAUCACAAGCCAGCUCCACCGCCUCCAGGUAGCAUCGAACCAGCGGGUUUCACAAGCAGGAAUGACUGGCAUCCGACCCUGACUGUGCCUUAUGUGUUCAAACAAAAUGAGAUAAAAGUUUUCCAUUUUAACUGACAAGUGAAAGUGUGAGGAUUGUUCAUUUAAAAAAAAAAAAAAGUCUUGUUUUACUGUUUUUGAUUUUUUUUUUUUUUCCAGAAUAAGUUUUACUUGAAGCUGCAGUUAUUCCAUGUGUCUUAAGUAACUGACUGAAUUGUUUGUGUAAAUGCACAGUAUCACACAUGUAAAGGAUUUCCAGUGCAGGCAUGUAUGGAAGUAAAUCAGUCUCAUCAAACUUUGAAUUAUAAAAGACAUUGAAUUUCUAGCACGGAAUUUUUUUUUGCACUGAAAUUAAGUAUCUGAAUUCAACUCUUCAUAUUUUCAGUACCCCAUUUUCACUUUCAUUUUUCAAUGUUUAUAAAUUCAGUAGGCCAAAUUUCGAUGCCAAAAUUCAAGGCAUAAAAUUCAGAUCAAAAAUCCAAGUCAAUAUCUCAAGUCAAACCAACAGCCAGCCGGUCAAGUUACGUUAGGUUGGUCAUGUGACACCGAUGCAGGAAGGCAUUCAACUAGUGGGUCUGCUACCACAGACAUACCUCAAAUUUUGGCAUCUGAAUUUGGCCUAUUGAAGUUGAGUAACUUGAAUUUAUAUUAAGUGAAUUUUUUAAAUGUGAAUUUUUUAUUUUGAAUUUAUGAACAUUGAAAAAUAAAAGUGAAAAUGGGGUAUUAAGUUGAAUUCAGAGCCAAAAAAUUCAGAUACUUAAUUUCAGUGCAAAAAAAAAAUUCAGUGCUAGAAAUUCAAUGGCUUUUAUAAUUCGAUGAGACUGAUUUACUUCCAUAGACAAAUGUGUGUCCAUAAGGAAGGACAUCUGUUUUGUCUUAAGGCCCUGUCCAUAUGAAGACGGUUUUGGUCGUAUCUGCAAAAGUUUUGUAUCGGAUGGGUCUUUUGUCAACACGAAACAGGUGCUUUCCGUCUCUGAAACCUCAACUUUUUGAACCGGGUCCCAGAGUGGAUACAUUUGAAUACGCUAGUUUCGCGUCUUCGUCUGUACGACCAAACUAAAGAUGAUGUCAUAGCCCUACCUCUCUAACCUUUCACCCCGGAAGCAAGACGCCACUUAACAACAACAACAACAACAACAACAACAACAACAACAACAACAACAACAACAACAACAACAACAACAGCAACAGCAACAGCAACAGCAACAACAACAACAACAACAACAACAACAACAACAACGGCUGAUUACAGAGUUGUGCCGGUACUACAACAACUAUUAAGCUUGUUGGAAAUGUUAGUCUUUCAUUACAAUGAGCAACAGACAAACAUAGCUAACAAUAUUCACUACAUGCUCUUGGAUCUACCACAGAGAGGGGCAACCAGAACCAGCAUGCUCCACAUCGUCGUCUCCGUUUUUCGCGAUUGCAUUACAACGCAACAUACAGGCCUGGCAUUUGUACUACAUAGUUUUCAGUGGUUUGGACGCAGAUAUUUCCUGAAACGACUCCGUGUUUACUGAAUACUUUUUUGAAAAUGACAAAAAAAAAGAUGGGAUAGGAAAAGAUGCAGUUUCGUGUGGACAUGGCCUAAAAUGACAUAUUUACACUGUCGCCCAUGAAGUUGGAAUAAAAUAUUUACUGUGACAAUGUGAUUUCUUCUUAAUAGAUCACCUGCUGAUCUGUAUAAACAGGAAUAAAAACAGUAACGUGCCUGAAAAAAUGAUUCCAACUUCAUGGGUGAUGGUGUAUUUGAUAUUUGCUGCUGUUUUUGUUCUUGAAGUUGUUUUCAUUAUCCACUAGAUGUCAGUGUUAUCUGACUGAAGCUGUUCACAGAUCUGCAGUCCACUCACUACAGUUUCCCUCUGUGUGGUUUCUGUUUCAUUUUCAGCAUUUUUAGUGCUCAGAUGAAUUAUGACAUGAAAUUAACAUUGAAAUAACCUGUGGACUGUUUUAUUUAUAAUAAAUAUUAAACCACCGGUG